AUGCCAUGUUGCAGACCCACGCCAUUCAAUGUCUCACCCGGGACGCCGGCACUCGGCAGAUCCAGCCAGACCAUGUUUGUCUCAGCCGGGCGGAGCAACUUCCCGCCUCUGUCCGUCCACAUGCGCGCCACUGCCGCCGCCAUUCCAUGGGUGAUACUGAACACCCCCCUGACGUCCACAUCCCCCGGCCCGAAGUUUUCGAACACCGCUUCCCGCGCGGCGGCCGCCAGAAACCCCGUCUUCCGAACACCGCCGCCGAUGCUCUGGCGCAGCCUCUUGAUUCGGCGGAUCACCGCCGCCGAACCCACCACCGCGGCCCCGAUCGGCGCGCCGAUCCCCUUAGAGAAAGACAACGUCAAGACAUCCGCGCACGCCGCAAUCUCAGCCAGCGUUCCCGCGGACCGGCCCGAGGCCACGGCAUCCCACACCCGCGCCCCGUCGAUAUGCACCAACAACCCCCGACUCGCCGUCCACUCCCUAAUACUGCGCAGCUCCGCCAACGGAAUCACAUUCCCAUUCGCCGUAUCUUCCAAACUCACCACCUUUGUCGGACACGCCGUCCACGGCAACCCCUCCCCACCACCACCACCACCCCCACCACCCUCCCCAUCCAACCUCGCCCCCUUCUCCACAUCCCCCACCGUCAAAAACAACCCCUCCGGCCUCACCGGCACCAGCGUCGCCCCCGACAGCGCCGCCAACCCGCCGGCCUCAUUACAGACAACAUGCGCCGACGCGUCCGCCAGCACGCCGUACGGCCGCUGCGCGCUCAGCGCCCCGAGCGCCCCCAGCGCCAGCUGGUUGGCCAUGGUGCCCGACACGGCGAAGGCGGCGGCUUCCCGCCCGCAGAUGCAUGCCAUGUGCCGCUCGAGGGAGGUGGUGGUGCGGUCUUCGUCGAAGACGUCGUCGUUGAGGGUUGCGUGCGUGAGGGCCGUGAGUUGGCGCAGGGUGGGGGUUGUGAUCGCGUCCGCUGGGGGGUGGGGGGGGAUGGGGUUAGUAUGGGAUGGGGGACACCUCGUCUGUCUCGGCAAAGGUGGCAGGGGCGCCAUUCUCAGGGGCUGCUUUGGUGCCCCAGGCCCGGUUCGAGUUGGUGGUGGUCAGAGUCAUGGUGGCGGAAAGCAAACUCGGAAUAUUAGGUCUUGUGUCCAAGCUGUCGAAGCCAUGAUUGUGAGGCCAGGCGAAUGUGACGGUGGUAUCGUGUGUGGUUAUAUGUAUGUGCCUGGGCUCUCUGGUGUUUGGUACGGGCCAAGGAUGACCGAAUACGGAUCCUACGAUCCUCUUGCCAAAGCACCACUCGGAGAAUUUUCCGGUCCUCGAACCCAAAAAAGUGUAAAGGGGUCCCCGGUUCCCGAGCAGGAGAGAUCGGAGUAUGCUCGUCUGCCACCUUGCCAACUCUUGAUGCCGACCCUGGACCAUCAGUCGCCCCCUGAAUCCAUCAUGUCGAAGCCUGGCAGUAUCUCCGGGGCAGAGACGGUCAACGGGGACCAGGAGCUCGAGCAACUGGCAAGCUUGGGCCUCCAGCGGAAUAGUGACGGGUUGAUUUGCUGGUUGCCGGACAGCAAAGACCAUCCUCGGAACUGGAACGCCGCGAGGAAGACUUUCGACACGACCGUCAUCAUCUUCCUCGAGUUCUUUGUCACGGUGGUCAGCACGGCCGGGGCCUCAGCAGCACACGCAGCCCAACCCGAGUAUGGCGGCGAUAAAGUGACAUCCAUUUUGGCCUUCACAUUCAUGUACAACCUCGGCCAAGCGCUCGGCGGGCUCAUCACGCCCGCUCUGUCGGAGCUCAUCGGACGCCGAACGCCCUACCUCGUCUCGUGCGCGCUCUUCAGCCUGAGCUGCCUGCUGACGGGGCUCGUGCCGCACGUCGCGGCCGUGUGGGUCGGCCGCUUCGCCGCGGGCUUCACCUCGGCCGUGCCGGCGGUCGUCACGGCGGGCAGCAUCCACGACAUGUUUGACGGCGCGCAGCGCGUGUGGCUGGUGGUGGUCUGGAAUGCGGGCUCGACGGCGGGGCUGUGUCUGGGUCCGUUGUAUGGCGCUUGUUUGUUGGUGGUUGGUGAGGGGGAUUGGCGGUGGAUUUUUUGGGUUUCGGCGGCGGUGACGGCGAUGUGUUUUGGGUGUUUGCUGGGGGUGAGGGAGAGUCGGCCGAGUCAGGUGCUGAAGCGGAAGAUUGAGGUUCUGGGUGCGAAGGGAGGUGUUGGGAGUCUGGAGUGGUUCAACCCUGACGAUGCGCCGGAUGCGGAGGCGCUGUUCCGGCUGGUGGUUGUGCAGCCGCUGAAGUUGUUGGGGACGGAGCCGAUUGUGAUCAUGGUUACGACCAUCUCGGCUGUGUCUUGGGGUAUCAUCUACCUCUUUACCGAGUCGCUGCCGGAUGUGUAUCUGUCCAUGUCGGCGGGCUUCACGCCCACAACGGCGUCGAUGGCCUUCUUGGCUUUUUUGCCUGGCGUUGCGCUCAGCUUUCUACCGCGGCUGUGGGAUCGGAGAACUGUCCGUCAGGGGCUGCAGCGGGGAGAGAGGAUACAGCCGGAAGAUAAGAUCAUGGGCUUCGCCAUCGCCGCGCCCGCGCUGGCCAUCGGGCUGAUAUGGUUUGCCUGGACGGUCCCACCCACAGCCCCCCAGAUCCAUUGGCUGGUCCCUACUGCAGCGUUGGUGUUGGUUGGAUUUGCUGUCAACGAGAUGGCUUACACACUCAGCGCUUAUCUUACUGACGCCUACCUGCUCUAUGCCGCGUCCGCGUUCUGUGGUCUCGCCUUUGUGCGCGCCUUGGUGUCGGGUGUCAUGCCGCUCGUGGCGAACCGUAUGUACCCAGCUCUCGGAGCCAACAUCGCGGGCACCGUUGUUGCCUCAUUCGCACUGAUCUUUUGUCUGGCACCGUGGGUUUUCUUUCGGUACGGAAGAGUGUUGAGGGAGAAGAGCCCGUUCGCGAAGCACAGCUUGGAAAAUCAUCUCAAGAGUCAAAUCCCGUCGGAGAAGAAGCUGGAGGGCUUGUAG